AUGUCAAGUGAUGGAGAUAAUAAUACUACCACUUCCGCUACGAAUGCCAAUCUUCAAAUGCAAUUACAGCUGCAAACGCAACGGGCUCAAUUGCAACAACAACAAUUGGCCCUUCAUGCUUUUUGGCAACAUCAGAUUCACGAUAUUUCUCAAAUUGAUGCCACUAGUUUUGAUUUUAAAACGCAUCAAUUGCCACUUGCACGGAUUAAAAAAAUUAUGAAAACGGACGAAGAUGUUCGAAUGAUUAGUGCGGAAGCACCCGUGCUUUUUGCAAAAGCUUGUGAGAUGUUUAUUCUUGAAUUGAGUCUUCGUGCUUGGAUUCAUACGGAAGAGAAUAAACGUCGUACAUUGCAACGCAAUGAUAUUGCCAUGGCUAUUACCAAGACGGAUGUCUUUGAUUUUCUUAUUGAUAUUGUCCCACGUGACGAUAUCAAACCAGCCAAAAAGGGCUCUGCGGACCCUCAAACGGUCUACCAGCAACAGCUGCAACAGCAACAAGCAGCGAUGCUGCAACAACUUUUGCAGACUCAACAGAAUGGCACGACGGCCGGUGGUGUUCAAUGGCCAAACCAACAAUUGCAGCAGCAAAUGCUCCAGCAGUAUCAACGGAUGCAGCAGCAUGCAGCUGGAGCUGUGGGUGGACCUACGACUCCAUCGAAUGGAGCGCUGCCGAAUUUGUCGCCUUCGGGAAGUGACGCUGCUGGUCAAGCUUCGACAAACACGACUCCUGGAGAGUCGACGUCGACAUCUGAUCAGCUUGCACUGAAUCAGCGCAGUGUCGAUGUUUAA